AUGGAGCCAGCGGCCGACGGCGUCGUGCACCACGGGCAGCGACGGGACGGAGGGCAGCAGCACGCGCCGGCGGUGGUGUCGCUGCGGGAGCUGGGCCUGGCGGACGUGGACGCCUUCAUGGCGUGGGCGUCGGACGACCGCGUGAUGCGGUACCUGAAGCGGCCGCUCUGCGCCACGCGGGAGCAGGCCGUGGCGCAGAUCAGGGACACCGUGCUGGGCCACCCGUGGUUCCGCGCCGUCUGCGUCAGCGACGGCGACGGCGACGGCCGCCCCGUGCCCGUGGGGCAGGUGUCCGUGUGGCCGUAUGCCGACGAGGGCGGCCGCAGGGCCAACAUCGGCUACGCCCUCGCGCACGACCAGUGGGGCCGCGGCAUCGCCGCUGCCGCCGUCAGGAUGGUGGUGGGCAGGGUGUUCGACGACCUGCCGGGGCUGGAGCGGCUGGAGGCGGUGACGGACGUGGACAACGUGCGGUCGCAGAGGGUGCUGGAGAAGGCCGGCUUCCACAAGGAGGGGGUGCUGCGCCGCUACAUCGCCGGACGCGGCGGCGGCGAGGCCAGAGACGCGGUGAUCUAUAGCUUCUUGUCGUCCGACCGUGCGUGA